GGCAUUUCUUAACGAGUUUACUUUUAAAAGACCUUUUUUCAAAGCAGGGAUUGGUCACACUUGAUCUCAUUUGCAUGAAGAUGUCUAUAAAUCACCCACUGCAGUUUUGUCGAACUGCGCGUAGAGCUUGGCAUACAUGACAGAGAAACAAAAUACAUUUUCACUGGAAAGCUGUUUGUUUUAAAAUAUUUUCCUUAAUUAAAGUUACAUAUAGCUGUAAAUCAUUAUGAGAAGGACUUCUAGCAGUCGAGUUUUGUGGCAUUGGUGGGCAAUGGCUGUUGCCUUUGUGUCACUGUCUUUUCUGUCUACUGUAGCAGCGGCAAUGACCAUGAAAUAUCAGACAUAUGAAGAGGCAGCUCUAUCCACUGUCAUCGGAAACCUGGCAAAGGAUAUGUCCUUAAAUUUCUCCGAUAGCUCUAAGACCAGUUUCAGAAUGAUGAAGCAGUUCAAUGCAUCUUUUAUCAGACUCCGAGAAAGCGACGGACAGCUAACAAUUGGAGAACGAAUAGACAGAGAAAAAAUAUGUAAGCAUACAAUCAAGUGUCUCAUUGCAUUCGACGUUGUGAGUGUCUCGAAUGAGCAAUUUAAAUUAAUUCAUAUUGAAGUGGAAGUAAAGGACAUCAACGACCACGCUCCCGAGUUCCCCAGAAAGGAAUCCACUUUGGAAAUUUCAGAAAACGCAGCACUCGGCACUAGAAUUCUUUUGGAUGUUGCUAUGGACGAGGACGUGGGUUCGAACUACAUUCAAAGUUAUCAAGUAUCAGUCAACAGUCACUUUACCAUUGAUGUGCUGACCAGAGCUGAUGGAAUUAAAUACGCAGAGUUGGUACUAAUGAAAGAAUUAGACAGGGAGACACAUGCCUCCUAUGUUUUGGAGCUCGUCGCAACAGACGGAGGAAAUCCAACAAGGUCCACCAGCACAAAAAUCAAUGUCAAAGUAAAAGACUUUAAUGACAAUAGCCCAGUGUUCGACCGGAACAGUUUUUCAGUUGAUAUACUGGAGGACGCGCCAGUGGGAUUCUUGCUUGUGGACUUUAACGCGGUUGAUCCAGACGAGGGUUUGAAUGGGGAAGUUGUGUAUGGGUUCGGAAAGCAGGUGCCCUCGGAGAUCCGGCAGCGUUUCAAUGUUGACCGAAAAUCCGGUCAGCUGACGCUCGAGAGCCCGAUUGAUUUUGAGAGCAAGAAAACCUAUGAGUUCGAUAUACAGGCAUCCGACUUGGGUCCUAAUCCGAGCUCAUCCAUCUGUAAAGUAGUUGUUCAUGUGCAGGAUGUGAAUGACAACGCACCAGAAAUCACCAUUACCCCCAUGACCUCAGUCACCGCGGGAAUAGCGUACAUCACAGAGGCUGCUGCUAAAGAAAGCUUUGUGGCUCUUGUCAGUAUCGCGGACAAAGACUCGGGCGCCAACGGAGAUAUUCAUUGUACCCUCUAUGGACACAAUCACUUCAAACUCCAGCAAGCCUACGAGGACAGCUUUAUGAUUGUAACGACAUCUCCACUUGAUAGAGAAAAAAUCGCAGAGUAUAACUUAACGGUUGUAGCCGAAGACUUAGGAUCACCUCCGUUCAGAACAAGUAAGCAGUAUACUAUAAGGUUAAGUGAUGAGAAUGAUAACGCCCCUGUGUUCAGUAAACCAGUCUUUGAAGUCUCCUUGAUGGAGAACAACGCACCAGGCGCAUAUAUCACAACUGUGGUGGCCAGAGACCUUGACCAAGGGCAAAACAGCAAAAUUAGCUAUAAACUCUCGGACACCUACAUCAUAGGCUCUCCGGUGUCAACUUUUGUCUCUCUAGAUCCAGCUACAGGCUCGCUCUAUGCGCUCAGAAGUUUCAACUUUGAGGUCCUUAAACAGCUACAGCUACGUAUUCAGGCAAGUGACGGAGGCUCGCCACAACUCCAAGGCAGUGCGAUCAUUAAUCUAAAGAUAGUUGAUCAGAACGACAACGCUCCUUCUAUCACACAGCCUGCGCUCAUCAAUAAUUCUGCUGAGGUUCUGCUGCCCAAAGACGCGCCUUCAGGUUACGUUAUAACCCAGGUACAUGCUAGGGAUGCUGACGAAGGUGUCAACGCGGAAUUGUCGUUCAGAAUCUCCGAAGAUGUCGCUUCUAUGUUCUCUAUUAACAGAGCCACAGGAGAAAUUUAUCUGAAUCAUGAACUAAAUUACGAAGUUUAUGAGAACUUGAGAAUAACAGUAAUAGUCAGUGACAACGGGAGACCUUCCCUAACUACAGCAUUCGCUAUCAAUUUCAUAAUGGCAGGAUCUCUCCCCAGUGACCGCAAUGUAUUCAGGCACAACAUAGAUGAGGAGACUCAGGAAGGGGAUCAUUCAAUAAUUAUAAUUGUCGUUCUGGCGGGGAGCUGCGCAUUACUUCUUGUAGCCAUUAUUAUAAUAGCGACCACUUGUAAUAAAGGAAAAGUGGAUAAUCGAGGCCACAGCCAUUCUGGAAAGGAGGACAGAGUUCAGGAGAAGGGAAACCACAGUGACCCUCUAAUUUCAAUUCACAGUGACAUCGUUUUUGAUAUUCACCCUUACUCAAACAAGACAACUUUUUCUGGCUUGAUCCAGAGAGGCAGUGACAUAUCCUGCAGCUCUGAAGAUGGUACGUGUGUCUCUGAAGGAAGUCCAUGUGAACUAGGGGACAAAAGCCUCGGUGUCAAGUCAGAGGGGUUUUCCACUGUACCUAGUUAUAGUAAAGAUGCAAUGAGACAGAUUCGAAUUUGGAAAGGCACCUCGUACGCAACUAUAUCAGCACGAGAGCCUCAUAGUGGAAAGGACAGCGGAAUUGGAGACAGCGACUUCAAUGACAGUGAUUCAGAUAUAAGCUGCGAUGGCAUGAGAAAAGACGAGCAUCAAAACAAUACUCAAAACGGUCUGUGGGCAUGCACAAGCGAGUGCAAGAUUUUGGGGCAUUCAGACCACUGCUGGAGUCCAACUGCUUCCAGGACAAACUGCAAUUUAGCACAUUCAUUUACUAAGAAAGUUUCACUUUCACAAGACACUCUCAGGAGGGAAAACUACAACCAAGCCCACAUUCCAAAAACGGUGGGAUUGCAGAGUGUCUGUAAGAAAGUACUGGACAGAGAAUACGACUAUAUAACCAGUUAAUUCACCUCAAAAGGUUAGGGUGCAUCAAACUGAAAAUACUACAUUCCAGGUGUUUUCAAAAACAGCAACACAUUGUCUCAAAAAUGAAGUGUAAAGAGCAG